AUGUUGAACAGAACACGGAGGAUAUUUUUCAGCACAGCAAAAAGCAGCAACUUGUACCUAACCAUAUCUUCUUCUAGCGAAUCUAUAUUCAGAAAUCAAGUAAUUAAAAGGGCUUCUUUUCCAGGAAUUGAAGGAUAUUUCACCAUAACAAAUAAUCACAGCCCACUUGUUACUUUAUUAAGAAAUGGAGUAAUUACUGUCGAAUUUGACGAGAAGGAAAAGAAACAGUUUUUUAUAUCAGAUGGAAUAUUUAUAUAUAAAAAAAGUAAUGACAACAGCAAUAGCAACAAUGCUGAAAUUGUAGGGGUUGAAAUUGUGCCCUUAGAAUAUUUAGACAAGAAUAAAACCGUUAAGGUUUUGCAGCAGAUGUGCGCAGUAAAUGAUGCUACCGAUGACAAAUGGAGAAAAAUCAAGACCAUGUUGGGGAAAGAGCUCUGCUCCUCAAUACUUCGAGUCACCUCGUGA